GUAGCCGCUGCAUGGGGCCGGGGGGGCGGCCCUGCUGCGCGGAGCGGCGGCGGCGGCGGCGGCGGACCCCCCAGGCGGGCUGGGGCUGAGCCCGGGGCCGGGGCGGGGGCUCCGGGGGGACCAUGCCCGGAGGCCGGCCGGCCGCAGCAUGGCUCACGGGCCCGGCGCGCUGAUGCUCAAGUGCGUGGUGGUCGGCGACGGGGCGGUGGGCAAGACGUGCCUACUCAUGAGCUAUGCCAACGACGCCUUCCCGGAGGAGUACGUGCCCACCGUCUUCGACCACUACGCAGUCAGCGUCACCGUAGGGGGCAAGCAGUACCUCCUGGGACUCUAUGACACGGCCGGACAGGAAGACUAUGAUCGUCUGAGGCCUUUAUCUUAUCCAAUGACUGAUGUCUUCCUUAUAUGCUUCUCUGUGGUAAAUCCAGCCUCAUUUCAAAAUGUGAAAGAGGAGUGGGUACCGGAACUUAAGGAAUACGCACCAAAUGUACCCUUUUUAUUAAUAGGAACUCAGAUUGAUCUCCGAGAUGACCCCAAAACUUUAGCAAGACUGAACGAUAUGAAAGAAAAACCCAUUUGUGUGGAACAAGGACAGAAACUAGCAAAAGAGAUAGGAGCAUGCUGCUAUGUGGAAUGUUCGGCUUUAACCCAGAAGGGAUUGAAGACUGUUUUCGAUGAGGCUAUCAUAGCCAUUUUAACUCCAAAGAAACACACGGUAAAAAAAAGAAUAGGAUCAAGAUGUAUAAACUGUUGUUUGAUUACGUGAGAAACAGCUUCAGUGGCCAAGGAAACUGUCCAUUUCUCUCAAAAAGCAUAUGAAAUGCUACAGCUAUACCCAGACCUCUUAUAAAUAAUGAAGCAGUUUAAAACUUGAAAGAAAAAACAAACAAAACCUGUCCUCAGAAUUCUAUAAAAUUCAUUAAGAAUGUUUCUUAAAGGUCCAAGAAGCAGCAAACAGCAUCUGAAGCCACAAUCUACUAUAAAUACUUUAUUUCAACUAGAAGGUACAAUCUCUCAGGGGUUUCAUAGUUUAAAAAGCUACAAUCAUACCAUGUUGUAACUACAUAAAAAACAGUGCUGUAAAUGGAACUGCCUGGCUUAGACCAUGUACAUUUCUGCACAGUCUUUAUGGAAUCUGCACAACGAAGUAUCUUCUCCCUUUGCUCCAAUUAAUGGUUCUUGUAUGUAAGUUGCUUUCUAUUCCAGUAUAUCCAGAGUGGUGAAAUCACAAGGCCAGCCACGUAGCCAAAGGUCGCUCCAAGCGUACAGGAGAUGGGCCAUACCUGAGGAGAGAAUGUAUGAGAUCAAAAAAGAAUAACUGUUUUAUUAUUACUUGAGCACAAGUUAAGUGUAACCUAAAUAUUUCUAUAUUAAAGCUUAAUGUGCUUUCUUAAAGAAUGCCAAAAGUGUAAUAAGGUCAUAACUGCAUUUAUCAUGAACACUAAAAAUGUACACAUUCUAGUUAAUGUACAUUCGACUGUAACAAGGCUUCUGGCGACUGUAGAUUUAGUUUGAUGCUCCCCAAACUGCAUGAGAUACACCCUAAAAUUACAAAUUAAAAUUCUAGGUCAGACUUUGUCAUAAUCCUGGACUCGAUAUAGCUGUCUGAAGUAGCUGGCAAUUUAGUCUUUUAAUUUCCACCUUGGCUUAUAUAAUCAGAUGACAUGAGACGUGUGUAUGCUGACCAAACUACAAGAAACUUUAAAUAGUGCUAAAGAGAACAGACCUAGAGUUCGAGCAUGUUACAUGGAAUUUAUAACAAAGCAACUGCUUCCACAGUAAUCCUGAUGUUACCUUUCAGACACAGGUAUUGGAACCAUAGCAGAAGUUCUAGAACUAUAACUUAUGUACACAACUAGAGUGUCAGUUAAAUGAAAUACUGGCUUCUAAAUACCCAUUUUCUCCAGCCAUAUUACAUUUUGCAAUAUUACAUCAAGCAAGCCAGAAGUAAAUAAUGUUGAUUUCUUUCAUCCACAGGCAGUGCAUGCUAGUCUCUAGGUGAAAGGCCCUGCUUUAAAAAAAAAAAAAAAUUAUGUUCAUCUGUGAAGCUUAUUUGGUAUACUGGAGCCUUUUCUAAUCUUUCUCUGGGGGAUCAGGCCAUAGAACUGUGUUAGAGGUGACCCAUCUUAAUCACUAGUUCUGUAACCUAAUUAAGCUUCCUUGUUUGGUCUGCUACUGGAUCUGCCUUGUUCCAAAUGCCAUGCAACAGACAACAGUGUUAGACAAAGUUUCAGUGUGAACAAAUUAAUGCAGUUCAGAGAAGCAUAAUCUAACCCAUAAAUUUUUCUCCAGCCUUUCCUACAUUUAAACUUGCUGUUGACUAAAUUGUGAUUUAUUUAUGUCUUUGGUGCGCUUCUGUUAAUUUCCAUGACUUGAGCUAAUCGCUUUUGUCUACUGCACAGAUUGGGUAAUGGAACACUAAACUUUUAUACUUGAAAAUGACAGCCUUAAAUGCUCAUAUCAGUCACAAAUCUAGGAUGUACUGUCUUGUAUGUGAGCUUUGUAGAGAUUUUUAAAAAUAUAAGCAUCAUCUUCCCCACGGAAGAGUGGAAAGUCUACUGGAUAACUAGUCAGGAUCUUUCUCUCCGAACUGGACAGUGGAUGUCUUCCUUCUCCCAAAAAGUGAUGGUUCAUAUUAAGUACCAUGGCCUUAUGUGUGUUCAAACAGAAUCUUUAUGUAACUUUCUCAUUUAAUUUGGGUUGAUUAUUAGCUAUUUUUAGAUACAACUGAAAGGAAUUGCAUAAAUCAAUUAGUAUAUUAACUAAGUUGUCCAACACAUGGUAUAAAGGAAUUAAGACAGUAAAGUAGUAUACGUUUCCAACUGGCCUUUGGGGAUUUGAUGGGGACUUUUUUUUCCUUCAGUUCACCUCUGAAACUUUUCAUACUUGGUUUACUAGCCAAUUAAAAGUCUAGAACUUGAUAUGCCCUACGAGAAAUGGACUAGGAAUCCGGAAACAUAAACUCUGGUGUCACUGUUUCCUGCCUGGGCCUCAGUUUCUUCAUCUAUAAACAUGGGAGGUAGAAAGAGAGGACCUCCAGCAUCUCUCCCAUUUAUCAACUCUUAUGAUUCUCUUCUUUCUUACUCACAAUAUUCAUUGUUGGACAUUACCUUUUCAGCUGCACAUUCUUAAGAUGGUAAAAAUCCUGUAUAUAGAUUAUUAGAACUCUAAGCAAAGAUGAUUGUAUCAUCUGAACCUGAGGUGCCUUAGGUACUCUAUUGACCUUGAUGGGGUUUGGAGUUUCCCAUUGCUUAUUAAGAGCCUUUUCAUUGCUUUGAUUCCUUAGUAUUUCUUUUUGCACUCAAUCCUUCCUGCCACCCUAUAAAAACCAAAGAUUUGUUUUCUAUUCAUGAGCAGAUUGUAGAAAAAUUGCCUUAUUUUCAGAAGCACGUCCUCAUUAAAGACUUAAGUUUCAGCAGAAAUUGAGACUAAUCACUGGAACAACUAGUUCAAAGUAGUAAAAUAUCUGGGAAAUAAAAUACUUCAAAAAUAUCUUAACUGACAUGAAUUUUGCUAGUCAAUGCAAAUACAUUGCUUCAAAUAAGGUCAUGUAUGAAUGAACUUAACGUACAGUUAUUUUUUUUUUUUUGCAUAUAAUCAGUUCUGAAGUUCUUAAAAAUAAUUUUAGGGGCUCCCUGAAAUCUUAUUUCUAAUACUUUGCUAACUUGUACCCUUAUUCUGUUUCUACAGAUACAUUUUAGGUUAGCCCAUGUUGAAUGAUCUUAUUUCCAGUAAGUAGAGCCUGAAUUAAUGGUUUUUAUUGUGAAUUAGUUACUUUAGGUGUUGCUUCCAUUUGAUUUUUAAUUAUUACUCUUAAGUACCAAAUUAAAUAACUGGUUUGUUGGUUGUUGUUUUUUAAGUGAUUGUUAAGAUUUUUAACAGUGUCCCAUCUUAACACAUGGGGUUAUAAAUAAAAUAAUAUGCAUAGUUUACUAUCUAUGUAAAGCA